AACAUUUUACAACAAAAUUAAUAGUGAUCAUGAUUGUUAGUGUAACUAGUUUUAUUUUUCUAACAAUAUGGCCAUGUAUUUUGGAUAUUGUCAAACCGAAGAAUGAAUCUCGACCACAUCCCACAAUGCAUAUCAUGACUGAAUAUUUUAUCGAUCAAGAAAGAUAUUUCUAUUUAAUUGUAUUUCAUAUGAACGCAGCUCUUUGCAUAGGAGCAAUUGCAGUGAUAGCAACAGGAUCGAUGCUCAUAGGAUAUUUGAAACAUAGUUGCGGAAUGUUUAGAAUUGCUAGCUACCGAAUUGAGAAAGCAAUGGCGAUUAAUAAUUUACAAAACAUACGUAAGAAUUAUAUUGUAACUUACAAGGGAAUAAUUUAUGCUCAAGAAAUACAUCGCAAAGCUAUGGAAUUCUCCAAAUUUUUAAUAUCAAGUUUUGAAGGAUCCUUCUUCUUGUUAAUAGCUGUUGGCGUUCUUAAUUUAAGUCUCAAUCUAUGUCGAGUAAAAUUUAUACCACAUUUUAUAUCUAUGUCUGUUACCCUGUUAUACAUGUUUCUAGCAAACUAUGCUGGACAAGAAAUCACGGAUCAUAAUAGUCAUGUAUUUUCCACUGCAUAUAACGUUCGUUGGCAUAAUGCACCAUUACGUAUACAGAAGCUGAUAUUAUUUCUAUUACAAAUGGGUAAUAAAACUUUCGGUCUAAAUGUGGGUGGACUGUUUAUGGCAUCUUUAAGUUGCUUUACCUCACUAAUGAGUGCAUCGAUAUCUUACUUCACGGUUAUGUAUUCUACGCUACAAUAAUAUCAAAAUAUAUAAUCUAUUAAUAAAUUGUAGUUAAGUAGGUAAGUAAGAAAAUAAACGCCCGAUUUUGAUGUAUUUUUAAUUAUUUGAUAAAAUCAUUG